AUGGAAUUUCGACCUGAUUUGGAAGAUCUCCCCAAUGAUCUUUGGAGAAUUGGAGGGAGUGAUAAGCCACCCGUCACAGACAAGCUCUCUUCCUCCCUCAAGCCAUCCCAUACUACCGAGGAGGAGGAAUACAACAGAGCGGUCUUGUCAGCAGUAACACCACCCUCCAAGGAGUCUCGUGAGGAACCUGACCAGCCGAAUUUCUCAGACUGGGGUGACUUUCCUGAGAUGGCUCUUGAGCUCGACUUCAUCACAGAGAGCGAGUACUGGGACAUGAAGUUCCGUCAGCGCCACGCCAAAUAUCCUACCGGUCUUCCUAAGCCGGGGUUUCUGUCUAAGAGAGAGUAUACCCAUGAGGUCAUCAGUUUUUGGUAUUUUCUUCCCGACAGGUUCUUUGAAAACACCCCGCCCAGCUCCCCGAGAAGCGUUACUACGAGCAUUGUGUCUGCUACCGAAACAUUCUAUAUCGCAACCACUGAAUCACCGAUUAUCUCGAGCCCUCGUGCCUCUCCCGAGAAACAUGACGAAAAGGCUGAGCCAAAUGUGGACAGUUACCAGAUCACUACCACCGAGGAUUCGGAUUACGGCGCAAACUACCGUGAUGUCAUUGAUGACAGCCUCGGGGCCUAUAAUGAUGGCGAUACGGAACGCGAAUGGAACUCUUGUCUUGAAUUCUUCGGCGUCCAUGCGGAGGAGUACAGGAGACAGCUCGCUAUCAAGGCGUCCUCGGCCACUCACAGCACCCGUGUUCCCGUCAAAAAGCUUCCCGGCAUGACUGUUGGUUUGUUCGACUACCAGCUCAUGGGCGUCUACAAUCUCCUCAAUUUUGUUCUGAAUGAUGUCAGGGGUGGGUUUCUGGCGGAUGAGCAAGGUUUGGGAAAGACACAAGAGAUGUUUGGUGUCCUCCUUCUGGCUCACAACCUUCGGCGAUGUAAGGCUGAUGUUACUGAGUUUUGGAGUCCAUCGGCCAAGGGGAAAGCUGUCAAGAAAGGACCGGCUAACAAACAUAACGCCAAGAACUCAAAAGAUGCUCGAUCCUGCCCUUAUGAUCAGAAAUGGGGGUUCAAAUGCUAUUGCUACAACGAACUUACCAGAAACCUGGCCGAUUGCCUUCCCGAUGGACCCAAUGUCAUUAUUGCGCCGGCAAGAAACUGCGGACCCAUGGUCAAGGACGCAAAGACCAAACUGGACGGCAAGGUCAUCAGAGUCCGUGGUUACGGCACUGAUAUUCACAUGACUGACAAGGACUCCAAGUUGACCUCUGCCGAGCUCGCGUCUCUGCGGAGUGGUAAUGCCACAGCCCAGAGCGACUUUGUCAUUGUCGUCUCUCCGGAGUCAAUCCACAAGCUGGUUGCCGAGUUCGCCAAGAGCAAGACCACCUUCACUCCCGGAAUCGUCAUGCUGGACGAGUUUCACCAAUACGCUGCCUCCUCUGGCGAGGUCAACCGCGUCACUGCCUGGCUCAAGCAUCUUAGGACCUCCAGUAUCAAUAACAAGCGACUCAUUCCUCUGGUUUAUUUUGUGUCUGGCACACCCUUCGAGAACUCCCCCUCCGACCUCCGCUCUGUCCUUGAAGUCCUCGAACGACCUCAAAUCUGGAGCAAACCCAACCACCCCUUAUCAUCCGCCACCGUCGCCCACCUCGACGAGUGCAUCAAGCUCUUCGACUCCUACACUACCUCCACCACCCAAGGAUCUCCCUUUCCCCAAACCAAAAUUAACGAAUACUACCACCGCCUCGACAAGCUCCUCACCCAACUGAUGGUCCGCCGCCUAGCAACCGACACCUUCCAAUCCACCAAACUAACCUCCCUCGGCAAACUCAAAGUCAACAUCAUCGACCACACCCUUCCCUCAUGCCACAUCCCCCCCCUCCAAUCCCUCGCCUCCACCACCAUCCCCCCCACCGCAAACCUCAAACCCCCCACCACCGGCCCAGACCUCCUACUCAAACUCCGGUUAUGCGGAACCUUCCCCUCCAUCGCCAGCACCACAACAAAUUUCACCUUUUCCCCCGAGGAGGUAUCCACCUUCCUCACCACCGCCUCCGGCAACCCCUCCAAAACACCUUACUUCCCUCACCUCCCCUCCUUCACCCUCCUCUCCCCAAAACUCGCCACCAUCUCUUCCAUCAUCACCCAGAUGGUCAACGACAAAACAAAAAUCCCAGGGGAGUCCUCCUCCUGCAAAAAGCUGGUUUUAUUCUCCCCCCUCGAGGCGGAAUCGCUUCUGCUGUUUCUGUGGCUUACUAACCCUAAGUCGGAAGGGGUGAAGCCGGUUUAUGUUCAUGGGAAUAUGACUAGUCUGGAGAGGCAGAGGGUGAUUGACAAGUUUUUGGAGGUGGGGAACGCGGCGCCGAAUGUGCUGGUUGCGCCGACGGGGGUUUGUGGGACGGGAUUUAAUCUGCAGAGGGCGGGGUAUUUGGUUUUGACGGGGCCGACGUGGACGAGGAGGGAGGGGAGGCAGGUUUUUGGGCGGGUGUAUAGGGUUGGGCAGAGGGGGGUGGUGAGGUUGUGGGAGUUGAGGGGGGGGUGGAAUCCGGGGGAGAGGGUAGUUUUGGGGUUGGGAGGUGGGUUGGAGGUUGGGAAUGGGUUUGUUGAGGGGGUGGGGAAAGGUGAGGGGGAGGAGGACGAGGAUGAAGGGAAGGGUAAGGAGGUGGGGUGA